GCGCUGCAUUGUGGGUCCGCUGGGCCUAAGAGGCGGGCCCCAUGGGUCGUCGCCUUUCCCACGUGACAAGCUAGUUGACGGGGAUCAGCUGACUGGCUCUCACGUGACCUGGUGCUGCUGGGAGCCUGCUCUGGAAAGCCGGGGCCCCGCCGCGAUGGUGGAGCCGGGCGGCGAGGAGGAGCGGCCGCUGCUGGACUCGGCGCAGAAUGGCUGUCCCCCGCGCAAGGCGCUGUCGCCCCUGGCCGACCCGCGGCGGCUGGCCCACCGCCUGCUGGUCCUGGCCCUCAUGUGCUUCCUGGGCUUCGGUAGCUAUUUUUGCUAUGACAAUCCAGCAGCUCUGCAGACUCAAGUUCAAAGGGAUAUGAAGGUGAACACAGCUACAUUCAUGGCAUUGUAUGCCUGGUAUUCCUGGCCCAAUGUGGUUCUCUGUUUCUUUGGAGGCUUUCUGAUAGACAGAGUAUUUGGAAUAAGGUUGGGCACCAUAAUAUUUAGCUCCUUUGUUUGUGUUGGACAGGUGAUCUUUGCGAUGGGAGCUCUACUUAAUGCUUUUUGGCUAAUGGAAGCUGGCAGAUUUGUAUUUGGAAUUGGUGGGGAAUCCUUAGCUGUAGCACAAAAUGCCUAUGCUGUCAGUUGGUUUAAAGGCAAGGAAUUAAACCUCGUGUUUGGAUUACAACUUAGCAUGGCCAGAAUUGGGAGCACUGUGAAUAUGAAUAUCAUGGGAUGGAUAUACUCCAGAGUUCAAGAUCAUCUGGGCUCUACAGGUCACAGUACACUUGGAUUCACACUCAUGAUAGGUGGUGUAACAUGUAUCUUUUCACUAAGCUGUGCACUAAUUCUUGCUUAUCUGGACAAGAGAGCAGAAAAAAUCCUUUGUAAAGAGCAAAGAAAAACUGGUGAAGUGAUUAAAUUAACCGAUGUGAAAGACUUCUCGUUGUCCUUGUGGCUCAUAUUUAUAAUCUGUGUUUGUUAUUAUGCGGCUGUGUUUCCUUUCAUUGGACUUGGGAAGGUUUUCUUCAUUGAGAAAUUCAAAUUUUCUUCUCAAGAAGCAAGUGCAAUUAACAGCAUUGUAUAUAUCAUAUCAGCACCCAUGUCCCCUGUCUUUGGAUUCCUGGUGGAUAAACUUGGAAGAAAUAUUAUUUGGGUUAUGUUUGCUGUAGUGGCAACCCUUGCUUCUCACAUUAUGUUGGCCUUUACUUUCUGGAACCCUUGGAUUGCUAUGUGUAUGUUAGGAGUAGCCUAUUCACUGCUUGCCUGUGCUUUGUGGCCAAUGGUAGCUUUUGUGGUUCCGGAACAUCAGCUGGGAACUGCUUAUGGCUUUAUGCAGUCUAUUCAAAAUCUGGGUCUGGCAAUUAUUGCCAUAGCAGCUGGAACGAUACUGGAUUCUCGAGGAUAUCUGUUUCUAGAAGUCUUCUUCAGCGCUUGUAUUUGCUUGUCAAUAAUAGCUGUAGUCAUGCUAUAUUUUGUGAAUCACCUUACUGGAGGUGAUCUUAACUGGUCUGCAAAGAAAAGGGAAAAACUGCAAAAGCUAGCUGCGGCUGAAGCAGAAAAACGAGAAACUCAGACGUCAAAAGAAAGAUGACUUGGUCAAAUUACAGCCAAAGAAUGACUUUAGUUUAAGAAAUAGGUAUCUCUCCAAACUAGGAGCUCAGCUGCCUGAUAAUUACUCUUCCUACUUAUCUGCAUUGGCACACAGAAGUGUGCUGAAAUAGCAUCACUCUGCACAAGUUUGUCAAGAGAUGGAAGUGCUCUGAAGUUUAUACAGAGAGAAACUUGCUCCUACUAGUCAAGAACUUCACCUAGAACAAAAGCAGAAUAAUGCACCAUGUUCUAUAUUUGAAUCCUCAUGCUGUCAUCAGGAACCACCUUACCUUAAAAAACGUAGUGUCAAUAAGUGGCUCCUAUUGUAAUGUGAAACAUUGAUUUGAAGCAUUAGGUGAGGUUUGACUUCUGUGUGCCAUACAAAACCAAAUAUGAAACUUAAAAGCCUUGGGAAACAACAACCUGUUGGCCAUUCUACAUAUUCUUGAUGUAGGCAUUAGUCUGGUCAGACUACAUUUUUAUGGUGGACAUCCUUGUUAACUUCCUGCAAUAACUCAGUUUUACUUUCUUUCUCUAUGGAAAAUCUAACAAUAGAAAUGACUGCCUUUUUAAAUUCUGUCAAAUCGAGAUUUUUUUUUAACAAAAACUUGGCUGUUUUAUUUAAAAAACAAACAAACACAGUAUAUUCAUUAAAGCCAGACUUGGAAAUUGCACGAGUACAUGGUAAUGGUGUUUAAUCAAAGCUGAGCUAUUUUCCUGUGGAAAUGACACUUGAUCCAGUUUUUAUAACUAUCAAAUCGUUAACUGUAAAAUAUAACUUUCAAUCAGUGUAAUAUUUAUACAGAUAUAGUGUGGAGUAUCUACUAGUUUUAAAUGUUAUCUGCAAUGAGAAGAAUGGCUUUAGGACCAACUUUAUCCCAAAGAUGUGUGGGCUCCCAUGCUUGCAAUGUAAGCAGAACUGGACUCUAAAAUCUCAUACAACAUGUAUAUUUCUUACUAAGUGGACAGUAGAAAACUAAAAAUUUUGACUGAAUUUUCAGUCUUUUAAAGUGUGGUCGUAAUCUGAGCUAAAUUAUUAUACUCUGACCUUUUAUUGCUUAAAAUUUAUCUUAACUGCACAGGAAAGCCAGUAUUUUUUUUUGAAUAGGUGUUACCCGAACAGUUAUAUGAAUUGAAUAAAUCGGAAAUAACUUGAGGAAUGUUGACAUUUAUACCUGGAGCUCGUGGUUCUGUUAAGAAUUUUGUAUAUGCAAAUACACUUUUUUUUUUUUUUUU